GAUACAUCUCAAGCCACUUUUCACACUUUUUUCUACUUAUUUUAAGAAGGGAAAUAUAUUCAGAGCACGGAUCUUAAAGAAGAGUAAUGACUUUGAAAUGGACUCGCCACAAGAUAAUACACAUAAUUCCUCUCAAAAUGACAAGGCUGUUCAUGAUUUGCUGAAACAACUCAAAGAUGCAACUUCUAAACUGCAGAGAGUGAAGGCUGAAAGUGAGGACGUACGCAUGGAGGUUCAGCAGUGGCGAGAAGAAAUGGACCGCAGGAUGCUGUUGUUGCUGCAUGUGGAUGAUCGAGUGUGUGAUGCGCUGAUGGAGCUGGAAGCCGUGAAGCAGGAAAAACGGACGUUGAUUCAACUGAUCGAGACGUUGAACACACGUGCUCGGGAGAUGAAGCUGAGCAGCAUCUCUGUGAGUGUAAUGCAUAAACAGGUGGAGGCACUGGAAGAGGAGGAGCACAAGUUGAAAGCGCAGUGUGAACAUGUGAAGAAAGUGCUGGACUGUGUUCAGGAGAAACUUUGA